CGCGGAACCAAUGAAUGAGAGGCUCUCCUCCGGACGCAGAAUUGAUUGUGUAGCUCAUCAGGAUCCUGAAAGGCUUCAGGCUACCACUUUAUCAGGUCAAGAGGAGCAGCCUACUGAUCAGCCUGAUGGUGCCAACAACCCACCAACGAAAGAGUGCCUUCCAGAACAGAGAAGUGAAGCUGUUGAACAACCAGCAGCUAUGGUUUUGGAUUCAGCUACUGAACGGCCUGCAGCUACACCAUUAUCGAGUCAGCUCGCCGGGGAUGUUAAUAUUACUGAAACUAAUGAUCAGAGCUCCCAGCCCCACUCAUUAACAAGUUUGCUAUUAGCUUCAAGAAACUUGAGAGCAGAACUUUCAGCCGCGACCAGCAAUAUGAAAUGCGCUGCAGUCAACGAUUCUUCUGCCUCACUAGUGCAACGGCAACGAGAAAAAAUGAUUGCCUACUUGAACUUGCCGCUCGUAGAGAUCCACAAAACCGAUUCGUUCGAAGAUGUCGAGGAGACUGCUCUCCUAUUUGCUGAUCCAAGUGAUGAGACAACUGUGAAGGGCUUAAUUUUGGAACUCAAACGCGGCGUAUCUGGCUCCAUGCAUGCCAUCGAAACUUCCCAUGCCACUGAAGCUUCUGUGGCACAGAGGAAUGAGGACAUGGAAGCGAGGCUUGUUCACAGGCAGAAGCAGUUGAGCUGCUUGGAGGGCGAAUUUUUCCGACUUGGGGAAGAAGGAAAGAAGCUUGAUGCUGAAAUCCAGCAAUUGAUUGCUCGUAAGAUCAGGGUUGAGGAUCAGACGAAGACCACCGUCGGUGCAUUGAGGAAGACGAGGGAGAGAGCUUGCAAGGAAUUGGAAGAGGCCAAGGAGCAAAGCAACAAACGGAAGCGGGCUUGUGAGAAUCGGUUGGUUGCCGAGGAGAAUCUUGCUCAGUUCAAUACAAGUUGGAAGCUUUUGAAGUCUACGUUGGGAGUGUGACUCUUGGACUCUGAAGGGCUUAAUUUUGGAACUCAAACGCGGCGUAUCUCGCUCCAUGUAUGUCAUCGAAACUGGGAGAUAUGAUGCCUUGAGUUAGAAGUAGAUAGAAGCUUGCAAGUAAUAUUGGGGUCCUGCUAUCUGACUCAAUUAACUUAGUUUUGCUAAUCAACGUACUAAUUUAUUCCAAGCUUUGAAACCUGUUUUUGUUGCCAUACAGCUACAGGUCCAAACCCGGACCAAUUUGUUACCAUCAUUGGCUCAUUAUCCGUUGUAUUAGGCUUGUAAAAGGGCAUGUUUUUUUUUUAUAUUUAAAAAGUGCAAGGUUUUUUAAUCGUGGCUAUGGUAGCUAUGUCAGUUGUUCAAGUAAUCAGAAAUAGAUUAAGUUGUGUUAU